UCGAAGCUACCAAAUGCAAAAAAAAAUUAUAUUAACAAACAUUUGAGGAUUUGACAUUUUUUAAAUGGUUAACUCUUUGGCAAUUGGCAUUAAAUAUAAGGUAUCUGUGAAAAUUUUAAUGUCAGUCCCUAGAAAAUUGGCAACAAAAUCCCUCUUGACAUGAUUUCGCGAAACUGAGAUGCGUCUUCAGGCACCACCAUUGCUUUUUCAUGACGUCAUUUGGUAAGAGGUAGGUAGCUGAGCUUGAGACUCUGAGAGGUUGCUGAACCUACCUCCUAAAAGACAAAUACAACGUAUUCCAAAGGUUUUUUCCGACGGAGACAAGUAACCUAGUAUGCUUGAUUUUGUUUUGUGGAUAAAUCACGUGAAGACUACGGCCUUUAGUGGCGGUAAAAAUGGCUGUAGUUCAAGUUAUGAAACGCACAGAUCAUUCUUAACAUUUUUAACAGUUUUUUGUUAGUUUUUUAUAUUUCUGUAAUUUUUGCAUCAUCGUCACGUUUAUCAUCCAUAAUAUUGGCUACAUUUACAAAAAGUAAUGUUCUUAUGGUAUAAUAUUACAAAUUAAUUUGUGAUUUAAGUAGAGGGUUUCAAAUUUUCAAUGAAUUUACAUUCUGUCAGAAUAGACUUGAGUAAAUAGCAAUAACUUUAUACUCUCUACCUUAUAAAAGUAAAACAGACCCUUUCAUGUUUAGGUUAAUAAAGCAGUUUAUCAAUAUCAUGAACAAUAACAUUUUGAAAUAAAAAAUCCUGGUGUUCAUGAAUGCCUUAUAUUAUGUCAACAACUAAAAACUACCGACUAAUUUAGCGUGAAUUUCAUUUGGAAGCCAUUCAAUAACUUGUCAAACUGACACCAGGGAUUGUUCUUAUUCCCCCCAUAAUUCAAUCUUUCGAUUUUCAAUAUUUAAUUGCUUACUGAUCCGUAGGAAGAUUCCUCUGACAUUUUCUAGUAUAUAGAAGAAAUUGAAAUAUUAUUCACGCAUCCCUUUUUUACAGUUUUUUGUAUAACAUUAUACAUUCGUCCAUGAAGGGCAGAUAAACUGGUGCUUUAGGGGGGGGGGGAUGCGCGGGUUAUUUCGGUUAUUUAAAAUGCGAUUGCUUUUUUAAAUUUAAGUAUGAAAAUUAAUUGAUGUACAAAAAAGUGUAAAUGAAACUGUUCGCGCCCAGAAACGAUGCCUGACGAGACUGACUGACGAGUGAGGAGUGACGAACUGACGGAUGCCUGAAAAUUAAAUAAAAACGUAUGCACAACGGUAUAAGUAGAAUUGGCAACAAAGCCUCAGGUUCACACGAAUUGUAAUGAGCUUGGGUAAAAGUUUUUGACACCUGAUAUAAUUUCGUAUUUGGCGGUGAUAGUAUUCAUUUUUUAAAUUAGGAAAAGAAUUUAAAUAAAAUAGUUUAAACAAGAAGGACAUCGCAACGUGAUUUUUUUAUAUCAUAAAGUAAUGUAGUAAAAAAAAAAAAAAAAAAAAACCAUCUAGAACUUGCGAGAUUUGCCACCAGAGCUGGACCCUUAGAUCCAAGCUAAGAAAUCAACAGCAGCCAUUUUGUCCUUGGUCCUGGUGAAGAAUGUAGAAUAUCUAGUGGCAGGAGAAGAAAAAUUAAUUGUGAACGGAAAAAUUUUGCUGUCGUUCACUCGUGAUGGAAGGUUGUGUCACUAACUGUUAACGGAUUGUUAUAUUGUCGAAAAAAAAGUUUACUUAAAAAUUGAAAAUUUGGCGGCGACCCCUACUGUGGAGAUCCCCGGACGACUACAGUGGGACGGGGUUGUUCUUUUUUUGAAGUGAAAGCCGUUGCCGUGAAGGAAGGCUUGAAUUCUGGACGGUCAACAGAAGAAGCUAUAGCCCCAGUCUUGGAGGCCCCGUUUUACCGCCGUGUUAGUGAUUCGCAAACGUCUAUUGAAAUAGUGGCCAGCGCAUUGGACGCUUUAUUUAAUUGAAGAAGAAAAAUUUUGAAGAAAGCAUCAGACCUGCCUUGUCUCUUUUCUGCCUAUACAUAUUCAAUGGCUGUGGAGAAGAGUGCUCUAUGACCUCUCUUUACUUGUCCAAGUGUCAUGUGCUGCUGGUGGGGGCAAUUGUGCGAUGAGUCUUUUUUAGCAGAAGGGGUGCUUGGUUUAACUUAAGAAAAUCAUGGCUGAACACCUCAUUGAAGGGCCGCCUAAUAAGCGGCCCAAACUAAAUGAUGCUAUUGGCAGCUGCUCGACUGAUUCAUCAGAUAUGAUUGGGAAUCCACUAUUUGAUCUUGAAAACAAUCUUCCUGAUGAGCUCUUCAGCACAUCGGGAGGUGGAUGGAGUAGUGCUUCAACCAAUGUGAGCCAGCCAACUGCCCAGUCACAACAGCAGCAACCGCCACAACAACAACAAUGUGUUCAGAGGCCUCAGUCGAUGGGCCCAAACAAUCCUGGGAUGGGAAUGUCAAUGAGCCUGGGACCUGGGGCACAGCAGCAACAGAAUGGAUCAAUGGAUGCUCAACAUCACCACCAGCUUCCUCAUAUGGGAAUGCAGAACAAAGCUUCACUGAACAAUAUGAGUGGUGGUGCAAUAAGUGGCAGUGCAAUUGGGCAAAACAACUUGAACAUGGCUAAUAGUAGUUUAAAUAAAGGCGCACUUAGCAGCAAGUUGAACUCACCACCAGGCAGUGCUCCCAUGACUAUGAUGAAUUCUAUGGGAAAUGGCCCACAAAUGAUGCAAUCAAUGCAGCAGCAGCAAUCAAUAAACAAUAUGUUGAAUCCAGCUGGAAUGGGUGGAGUGAACGUAUCCAUGAAAACACCAGGAUCUAUGAUGAACGCCGGUCAGAUGAGCCAGAGUUUACAUAAUGGUCCACAAGCCAUGAUGGGCAAUCCUAGACCUGUUGGAGGCCUUCCUAGCACUAUGAUGCCACAGCAGCAGCAAGCGCCACUAAGAGGGCAGCUUCUUCAAGGAAUGAAUCCUCAGGGACCCCGCUUGCAGGGACCAGGAAUAGCUGGAAUGGGAGGAAUGGGCCCGAAUUCUGGACCAGGCACGAAUGUGAUGGCCAAUUCUAAUCAGUAUGGCUUCGCGAAUUCGAAUAUGCCUAAUGCUAUGAUGGCAGCCCAACAGCAAAGACCUAUCGGUACAGCUAAUGGUGGUAUAGCACCAAUGCAAAACAUGCAGCAACAGCAACAACAACAACCGAGGUUUAAUAGCGAGCCAAACAUGAAUCCUAACAUGUCAGCCCGACCAGUUAUGAUGCCUGGUGGAGCAACAACCAUGGUUUCGGCACCGAUGGUUUCGACGGCGCCAUCGUCAGUCACUCAGACUCCCAUGGUGUCUGCCCAGCAGCAUCCUCAGCAGCAGCAACAACAAUACCCACCAGUGCCAGCAAAUGCUCCUCAAGUAGCAGCAACUAGCGCUGCAGUCACCUCUGUCGCGCAACCGGCAGGAUCGGCCGGUGGUGCUGGGGCAGCUAGCGCGGCGGCCACCGCCGACCCCGAGAAAAGGAAGCUCAUCCAGCAGCAACUUGUACUCUUACUUCAUGCUCACAAGUGCCAGCGACGAGAGAAUCAAGCGAAUGGAGAGUGCACUCUUCCACACUGCCGGACAAUGAAGAACGUUUUGAACCACAUGACGACAUGCCAGGCGGGAAAAUCAUGCCAAGUACCUCACUGCUCGUCCUCAAGGCAGAUAAUUUCUCAUUGGAAAAACUGUAAUCGUUCCGACUGUCCCGUCUGCCUGCCUCUCAAACAGGCAGACCGGAAUAAAGCUCCUCACAACACUUCACAACCGAGUCCAGCCGGUUUUGAUGUCGGCUUGGGCUCGAACUCAAUUGGUGGCUCUUCGGCGACCCCUGGUCAAAGUGUCUUACCGGCGCACAACCAAAGCGCUGCUGUUGGAGGAGUUCAGGCUACGCCCAAUGCUGUCGGUGGAAUGCCUAGACCGUUGUUACCACCGCAGCAACAGCAGAAUGCAAUGGUUCCUAUGAACAGCGCCCAGUUAGCUGGAAACAACCCUCCAUCAGCGAUUUCUGCAAGCCAACCUGUUCUUCCUGGCACCAUGAAUCGUGGCCCUGCUCAUAACGCGGGGCUGCAAUCCCAGCAGCAGGCCGCUGGUCCUACCGGGGCUGGUCCCAGGAAUAUUAGGGGUGCUAUCUCAGACAACGCUUCCAACAUUGAGCAUAUUAUGAGUCCAGUUAACUCAACAACUCCUUUACCCGGUGGAUUGCAACCAAGCCAGGUCACUGCCGACCCUGUUCAGGGAUCGAAAGAAUGGCAUCAGUCCGUGUCGCCUGAUCUGCGUAACCACCUAGUCCAGAAACUGGUCCUGGCGAUCUUUCCAACCCCUGAUCCACAGGCCAUGUUGGAUAAGCGGAUGCACAAUCUUGUGGCGUAUGCUCGAAAAGUCGAAAGUGACAUGUACAAGAUGGCCGAUUCGCGUUCUGAGUACUAUCAUCUUUUGGCUGAAAAGAUAUACAAGAUUCAAAAGGAGCUGGACGAGAAACGGCAAAAGCGGAAGGAACAACAGCAAGCUCAGCAAACACCAACGUCAACACCGACAACGCCUUUGCAGCAGCAGGCUCCGUCUACCCUUACACAUCUUCCACCUGGUCAGCAGGUACCACCGCCCCAGCAUCAACAGCAGCAGCAACAACAGCAACAACAGCAGCAGCAACAGCAACAGCAACCUGUACCAUCGAGCAACAAUGCAGGUUUGAGACCUAAUAUGCCAGGGAUUGGGGAGUCUGGGCAGGGGCCACGAGGAAUCGCGCCAACCAGUGGGAUGAUGAUGCGCAAUCCAGUUCCCAGUCCAGUGGGAAUGAAUCAAGUGCCAAAUCAACUUGGCCAGCAGCAACAGCAGAGAAUGUCAAUGCAGCAAAUAAGACCGGAUCAUGGAAAUGUUGGACCGCCUAAUCAAACCGUUCCUCCUCCUGGAUUGUCACCGUACGGUAGUAUGGGCACUCCAAUGAGCGCUAGUUCGCCCUUUCCCAGUGCCAAUAUGAACCAAAAUGCGUCCCAACAACAGCAACAACAGAUGCGUAAUCGCAUGCCUGCUCCACCAUACUCAGUGAACCAACAGCAACAGUCGCAACAACGACAACAACCUAAUCAUGCAAUGAUAAUGCAGCAACAACAACAACAGCAGCAGCAUCAUCAUCAACAACAAUCAGUUCAGUCUUCCACUGACCAACAACAACAACAACAUAUGAAUGAGCGCAUGACUCCAAACGGAAUGCCGUCAACGAAUAUGCAACAAGGGAUGAACAUGCCUAUGCCGAACACCCCAUGUAGUAGCUUUGCUGAUACCCCCAGCACUAUGCCAAUGUCAGACUCGACUCCUAUACAUGGGGGAGGAGGUAACAUGAAUGACGCUAAUUGUGGAUCUACCGGGGGCAGUAGUAUAAAAUCUGAAAUAAAGCAUGAAGUGUCUUCUGGUGGCUACUUUAGUGUGAAAAAGGAAGAUGUUGAUCCACAACAAAUGUUGCAGCAGGACGGCGAUGCAUUUGACGGACGAGACUCAGGAUUAAUCGAAGUCAAAACAGAACCUGUCGAUGUUCCGGCUAGCGUUUCCAGUAGCAUGGAAGGGACGGAAGAUAUCAAGGAGGAAGAAAAACCUGAAAUGAAAAUGGAACCGAUGGACGAUGGCCAUUUCGCCAAUGAUAAUUCCUCCUCCUGCCAUCCACAGCCGCGUCUCACUGGCAUCAAAGAAGAAAAAGAGGAGCCUUCGACCCCUCUUUCGGCUGCCAGCAAUACCAACGAUACGAGCAGUUCAGAUAUGAAGCCAAGUGGGGGUUUCGGAGGUGGCAACUCGGAUUCUUCUGUCACAACGCCGGGUCCGUCCGGCAGCGCCAACAAUACAACAUCAGCUGUUGCCAUCCCGCCCAUUGUCCGGCCGAAGAAGGCGGGCAAAAUCGUGUUCUCACCUGACGAACUUCGCCAGGCAUUGAUGCCCACUUUGGAGAAAUUGUAUCGUCAAGAUCCUGAUUCCAUCCCAUUCCGCGAUCCGGUCGAUCCGCACAAACUUGGCAUUCCCGAUUACUUCGAUAUCAUCAAGAAACCUAUGGAUUUAGCUACCAUCCGGCGAAAGAUUGACAAUGGUCAGUACAAAGAUCCAUGGGAGUAUGUCGACGAUGUCUGGCUGAUGUUUGACAACGCAUGGCUUUAUAACCGUAAAACAUCACGCGUCUAUCGGUGUUGCACCAAGUUAUCGGAAGUGUUUGAGCAGGAAAUCGAUCCUGUGAUGCAAUCUCUGGGCUACUGUUGCGGCAGAAAGUACACAUUCAAUCCGCAGGUAUUGUGCUGUUACGGCAAGCAGCUUUGUUCGAUUCCACGCGACGCAAAGUAUUUCAGUUAUCAUCGCUACACUUACUGCCUUAAGUGCUUUAACGACAUUCCCGGCGACACCGUAUCUCUUGGCGACGAUCCUACUCAGCCGCCAACGGUCAUUCGAAAAGAACAGUUCACAGAAUUAAAGAACGACGCGUUAGAUCUGGAGCCGUUUGUUGAUUGCGGAGAGUGUGGGCGAAAAUUGCACCAAAUUUGUGUCCUUCACAUGGAUUGCAUAUGGCCGCAAGGUUUCACCUGCGAUAAUUGUCUCAAAGCUCGCGGUGAUAAGCGUAAAGAGAACAAGUACGGAGCCAAACGGUUGCCCACUACAAAGUUGUCGACGUUCAUAGAAAAUCGAGUCAACAAUUUCCUGAAGAAGAAGGAGGCUGGUGCCGGUGAGGUGUCGAUUCGUGUCGUCGCAUCAGCCGACAAGAUCACAGAAGUCAAGCCAGGCAUGAAAAGCCGUUUCGUUGACAACGGAGAAAUGUGCGAAACAUUCCCAUACAGAGCGAAGGCUCUGUUUGCCUUUGAGGAAAUUGAUGGCACUGACGUCUGUUUCUUCGGCAUGCACGUACAAGAGUACGGUUCGGAUAGCCCUAGUCCCAAUACUCGACGCGUCUAUUUAGCCUACCUCGAUUCGGUCCACUUUUUCCGGCCGAAACAAUUCCGUACAGCCGUUUACCACGAGAUUUUGCUCGGUUAUCUGGACUACGUCAAACAGCUGGGCUACUGUAUGGCACACAUCUGGGCUUGCCCGCCGUCGGAGGGCGACGACUACAUCUUCCACUGCCACCCGCCCGAUCAGCGCAUUCCCAAGCCGAAGCGACUGCAAGACUGGUAUAAAAAGAUGCUGGAUCGUGGUAUCAUUGAACGGAUCGUUCUCGACUACAAAGACAUCCUCAAACAAGCAAUGGAAGAUAAUUUGAAAUCAGCUGCAGAACUUCCGUACUUUGAAGGAGAUUUUUGGCCUAACGUUCUGGAGGAGAGCAUUCGAGAAAUGGACCAAGAAGAAGAAGAAAAGAGGCGUCAAGCAGAAGCUUUGGAGGCGGCUGCGGCAGCCGUAAGCACGGACGAAACGGAAGCAGGACCGGAUGGCAAAAAGAAAGGACAAAAGAAAGCAAAGAAGUCCAACAAGGCCAAGGCAAACAACCGGAAAAACAACAAGAAAUCCAAUGCCCCACAGACGGGCAAUGACCUCUCGACCAAGAUCUUCACUACCAUGGAGAAGCACAAAGAGGUAUUCUUUGUUAUCCGGUUGCACUCGGUGCAAGCGGCUGCUUCAUUAGGACCGGUUGUCGAUCCCGAUCCGCUCAUUCAGUGCGACUUGAUGGACGGUCGCGAUGCAUUUUUGACUCUGGCCCGUGACAAGCACUAUGAAUUUUCCUCUCUGCGCCGCUGCAAAUAUUCAUCCAUGGCCAUGUUGUACGACCUGCACAACCAAGGAACGGACCGGUUCGUCUACACUUGCAACAAUUGCAAAUCGCAAGUGGAGACUAGAUUCCAUUGCACUGUCUGCGACGACUUCGACCUCUGCGUUCCGUGCUACGAGAAGGAUGGUCAUCACCACAAAAUGGAGAAAUUGGGAUUCGACCUGGACGAUGGUUCGUCUCCUUCGGACUCCAAACAGGCCAACCCGCAAGAAGCGCGAAAAUUGUCCAUCCAACGCUGUAUUCAGUCUCUUGUUCACGCAUGUCAGUGUCGCGAUGCCAACUGCAGGUUACCGUCUUGUCAAAAGAUGAAGCGCGUCGUCACGCACACGCGCUCUUGCAAACGCAAGACCAACGGCGGCUGCCCAAUUUGCAAGCAGCUGAUUGCUCUGUGUUGCUACCACGCCAAACACUGUACCGAGACCAAAUGCAUGGUGCCAUUUUGUCUCAACAUCCGGCAAAAGUUACGUCAGCAACAGCUGCAGCAGCGGCUUCAACAUGCUCAUUUCCUCAAGAGAAGAAUGGCUGCCGUUUCCUCCAUGAGUAUUCGUUCGGCGUGCGGAACGGGGCCCAGUACACCUGGUCCGAUGAGUUCGGGCAUGGGGCCCUCAUCGCCGCUGGAGAGUCCCGGAGCCUCUGAUAUGAUGGGCAUGGGUGGUGGUCAUUCUCAUCACAACCAACCAGGAGCCGGGAUGAAACCGGCGACUCAAACUCCACCUGCCAAUGUGCUUCAGGUUGUAAAGCAGGUCCAGGAAGAGGCAGCCAGUCAAGUGCCUCAACAAGGUGGUUUCGGAAAAGGCGGUAUGGGCAUGAUGAACACGAUGGGUGUACGGCCCCAUCAGCAUCCGCAGCAACAGCAGCAAUCGGUUGGUGGCAUGGGAGCCGUGAAUCCGGCGAUGGUGAUGCCUCCUCCUCAGAUGAUGCAGCAUACUCGCCCUAUGAACCUGCAACCUAGUAGCAUGCCGGGCAACAUGGUCGGUGCUGGGAUGCAAGUGAAUCAAGUCGUCAGUGGACCUUCUGGGCCGAACGCAAUGGGUGGCAUGGGCGGUAAUGGCGGAAUGCCCAUCAACAAUAUGCAGGGAAAUCGUAUGGGCAUGGGUGGUGAGCAACAGUGGGGAGGUCCUCGCUUUGCUGGUCCAGCACAAGGGGGCGCAGUCCCCAAUCAAGUAAUGGGUCAACAGCAACAGAUGCGGCCUAUGGCACCCAACAGUAUGAUUGGAGCUCAACAACAACAGCCAGGUCAAGCGUCACCGGCCAUGUCAAUGGGAAACGCUCAAGGAGGAAUGAUGGGUCCUGGGGGUGGAGUUGCAGUCGUAGGGCCUAAUGUUGCGCAACAGCAGCAACAGGUGAACGCCGUGCAACAACAACCUCAGGCACAGUUGCAGCCAGGCAGUCUAGCACAGAUACCUGUAGGUGCCGGCGGAAUAGCUGUACCAGGAGGAGCUCAGCGUCCAUUGCCGCAAGCCCUCCACCAACUGUUGCAGACGCUCAAGUCACCGAGCACGCCUCAGCAACAACAACAAGUUGUACAAAUUCUGCGUAGCAAUCCCCAGCUGAUGGCAGCCUUCAUUAAACAGCGCUCUGUACUACAACAGCAACAGCAGCAAAAUCAAAACCAACAACCUCAACAGGGUCAACAACAAGUGCCCAACCAACAGGGGCAGCAAGGUUCGAUACCCAACAACAUGCAGGCUAUGGCACAACCAGGAAUUCAAGCAGCCAUGCAAAAUAUUCAGCAACAACAGCAGAAUCAGCCGCAACAGCAAAACAUGCAACAAGGCUCUGGUCAGCCCGGUAUGAUGGGCAACGUUGGCAUGAAUGCAGGUCCACCGAAUCAACAACAGCAAACUGUCCAGCAGCAACAACAGCAGCAGUGGUUGAGACAACAGCAGCAUCAGCAGCAAAUGAUGGCUUUGCAGAGACAACAGCAGCAGCAGCAACACCAACAGCAGCAGCAACAGCAGGGCUUCCAGCAACCUCCUCCAGUACAGCAUUUUGGACCAAGGGCAAGGCAACCGCUGCCGAGUAUGGGUGGGUUCCCUCAGCAGCAGCAACAACAGCAGCACGGCUUUAGUGGAAACGGAGAUGGCAACCAAUUUAUGAGUCCCAACAAUCAAGGUCAGUUUGGUGGACAACAACAGCCAACAAUGCAACAGCUGUUGCAACAACAACAGCAAAUGAAGAACACGCCACCGCCAACCAUGUCGCCUUCGCCGCAACAACAACAGGGUGGCAUGAUGGUACCUCCUAACGUUUCUCCGCAGCAGCAGUUGAUGCAUACCGUCCGAUCACCGUCCUCCGUCUUUACCACAGACGGUACGUUCUCCGCAGCCCAACCCAUCGCCCCGGAUGGGUCCGUCGCCGUCCCCGCGUCAGCCAGCGCCUUCACCCCGGAUGGCAACGCAGUCCCCCCAUCACACAAUGGCCGCUGCAGUAGCGGCCCAACAGCAUCAACAGCAGCACCAACAGCUUGUGGGAGGGCACGAUCCGUCCGACGCCCUCAUGCAGUCACAGAUGAUGAGCAAUGCCCAGGAUCAACAACAGCAGCAGCAGCAGCAGCUGGAAACGCCGCAGGAUCAGCUUUCCAAGUUUGUCGAGGGACUUUGAUCGUUGGACUUGAUCAUCGCCUGUCAUUCAGCAUUAAGAACCGGGGAAGAGCUUUUUCAAAGGCUUGGGUAUUCAGUAUUAGGAGCUUCCUCUUGUUUUGUUUUGAGUUCUUCUCCGUUUGUUACACAUUCUUAAGUGACCUUGACUGCGAGCCAAGCAAUAGCAAGUUAGUAGACUGAAUGCUGUGGAAGGCGUUCGUCCAUUUCCCUGCACCUUCUGUCCUAACCCACUACCAAAGCGCCUCCCCCCUCUCAAAUGGCAAAAUGUAAGUGGACAAACCCAUCACACCAUGCAUAUAGAAUCUGGGCACACACAAGCGGCAAAGUGGUGGUUUUCUUUGGAUCACGAAUGACAUUUUUUUUUUUCAUUAUUAUUAAAUUUUUUUUUGAUCUCAAUUAAGUCUAGAAAGAGACUACAACAGUUAACAUUAAGUCUAGACUCUACAACAGGCGAGUUAUGGCGAGCAUCAAAGAUUGGAUAUGUUUUGUGAACUUAUAAGAUAAUAUACAUAUGAUGCAAAUCUGUAUAGGAAACAAAGAGGCGGCAAAAAUGGAACGCCGUUUUUAUGUACGAGGAGAGUAAACAAUUAAAUUUAAAAAGGAAAAGAAAAUUAGGAGGGUUUGAAAAGAAAAAAAAUAAAUGCUCAAUCCUACGAUUUCCUCCAUCCCUCGUCUCUUUUUCCCGUCUCCCUCUCUUCCUCUUCCCCUUCGCAGUGCGAUUGACGGCUGGAUUUUUCAUUACCUUCUUUGAUCCCCAACAUGCGAAUCUUGUAUAUAAAUGUAUCAAGGAAAAAUACCCAAAUAGGUGGACACCACCGUUCCUAAACGUCCUUCUCUUCACUUCAACUUAUCCACUCUAGGAUGAUUGUCUUUUCUUUUUGAUAAUUUUGCCACAAUCAGACCGUCGACCGUUUCUUUUGUUUAUGCGUGUGCGUGGGUGCGUGUCGUUGAAAGGAAAAACAUCUAUUCUCUCCCUGAUCUUCCUCUUUUCCUCAUUUACCUUGUUUGAACACCGAAAUUUUUUAAAAAAAAGUAAUACUAUCGUAUAAGAAAAAUUCUGCUAAUAUCGACCUUGUGUGCGUGUGGGAGAGAGUGUGUUAAAAGGCAACUUCUGGCACAGCGCAUCAUGUCUUGUAAGUGUGCGUCUGUAAUACGAAGUCAGUUGGAUGACUGUAAUGUAAUCUGUACAGGUGAAAUUCAACAAAAAACAAAUUCUCAGUGCUAUUAUUCUAUUUUGUAUCGAGAUGACGCGUUGGACUCGGUCUCCCAAAUCGGGCGUCAUUUAUUUCUGAAUAAAAGCGAUGUCUACUUUGUAAUGAUUUCUUGAAGCGAAACAGAAUUUUCCCGUAUUUCCUUCUACUCCAAAUCCACCACCACUCCUCCACAAAAAAAAGCAGCUGAGAGCAUUGCUUUUUUGUAUAAUGAUAAAAGGGAACAACUUUUUUGUGCUUGUCGGUCAUUAUUUGUCAUUUCCGUGUGUGGUCGGUAUUUUUUUUCACUCUUAUUUUUUGUGUGUGUUAUACGUGACUGUUGUGGACAUGAUAAUGUGUACAGGAUAAUUUGCAGUUCAUUUGUAAAUAUUACUUGUUACUCUUUUGAUUACAAACCGUCUGAUCAUUCUUAAGUAA